AUACGUUGUGUGGCUAAGGUGAGACCUUGUCCGUCUCUUCUCUCUCUCUCUACCCUCUAUAUAUAAAGGCGCGACCUUUCGUUUCCAAAGCCUUCGUCUUGCCUUUCAAUCUCUCUCUGGUUCUCCUCCUUUGUCGUCGGUAUAUCCCACUUCCAGCUUCAAAUUUUAGCCUAAAAGAAGAACGAAGUCCUUUGUGGUUACUCUAUUUUCAUGUCUGAGCUCGACGUCCAGGUUCCAACUACUUUUGAUCCUUUUGCUGAUGCCAAAGGUGAGGAUUCGGGUGCUGGGUCAAAAGAGUACGUCCACAUUCGUGUCCAGCAGCGCAAUGGUAGGAAAAGCUUGACCACUGUGCAAGGUCUGAAGAAGGAGUUCAGCUAUAACAAGAUACUCAAGGACCUGAAGAAAGAAUUUUGCUGCAAUGGAACUGUAGUCCAGGACCCCGAGUUAGGCCAGGUCAUUCAACUGCAAGGUGACCAGAGGAAAAAUGUUUCGACCUUCCUUGUGCAGGCUGGGAUCGUGAAGAAGGAACAGAUCAAGAUUCACGGUUUUUGAAGUCGAGAAGUCAGGAUCGCUAAAUGUAGUUUGUUUAUGUGCCCACGAGGCGGUAGUGUGCAAUACAUGUUCUCAAUCGCCUGACUGUUACCAUCAACAUUUUCUUUAUAUUUAGAUGUAGGUAAGAGACCUAAACACGACAUAGUAUAUGUAUGCCGCUAUUGCCGGUUCUGCUGUUGCUUCUGAAUUCGUGAUGGUUCGUUGCAUCUUAUGUUUGUGA